AUGAGUCUCAAACCGAAACAAGUUGACUUUGAAGAUCUUUGGCCCCGGAUUUUAGAUGUUGUAGAGAAAGUUUUAGCGGGCAGGACAGUGGAGAAAUCUGUUUGGAAUGAUAGAUUUACAGAUGUAUAUGCCCUCUGUGUCUCAUUUCCUGAGGCCCUGGCUGAAAGACUUUACGCCAAAACAAAGGAGUUCAUCGAGAACCAUGUCUUAAACUUGUCAAAAUCCUUAGAGGAAUGCAGUGAAGAUGUAUUCCUGGAGACUUACAAUAGUCACUGGCUGAUGUAUAGCAGAGGUUGUGGUUAUCUCAAUCAGUUAUUUGGUUAUUUGAACACACAAUAUAUCCCAAAGCUCAAAAUUGAAAUUGAGAAAAAUUUCUCUGGAUUGUUGCCUGAAUCUGAUGAAAAAUUGUUAGAGAUUGAAGAGUUAUCAUACAACAUAUGGAGGACACAUUUAUUGGAGAACUGUAAGCACCAGCUCACCAGCUUAAUAUUACGUGACAUUAACUUAGAUAGAAUAGGGUCGGGUUUGAUCAACCAGUCAACUAUUCAAGGAGCCAUAUUGUCAUUUGUCCAUGUGAGGAAGCAUGCUAGCAGGAAUUCCCUUGAUUACUAUCAGAAGAACUUUGAGAAGGAGAUGUUGUUGCAAACAAGUGAACAUUAUCAAAUUGUGGCUCGCAAACAUCUGGACACAUGCACCUGCUCAGAGUACAUGACGAAAGCCCUGCAAAUGUUGGAUGAGGAAACUAUGAGAUCUAAGAAAUUUUUCCACGCCACUUCACAAGAUAAAGUUCUCGAAGUCUUCAGGCAACGAGUUGUUGCUGAUCACAUGAGUUUCAUGCAUCAAAGUUCAAAGCUGAUGGUUAAGACACACAACAAAAUUGAUCUUUCGAACAUGUACAAUCUGUUACAUUCUGUACAAGAUGGUCUGAAUGAACUGAUAGAGCAGAUUGAGAUGGAGAUUGGACACCUAUGCACUGACGUUAUAUGCAGACUGGAUGGUGAUAAUAUGGCCCAACAAUUUGUUGAAUCUUUAUUGGAAGUGCACAAUGACUACACACAGCUGAUACAAGAAGUCUUCAAAUCAGACCAACAAUUCAUUACUGCCCUCGAUAAGGCAUUUAACAAAGCUGUCAAUCAAUCACCACAACAAAGUAGUGGUCGUUUAACUUGCGUCGCCAUGAGGUCGCCUGAAUUGCUGGCCAAAUACUGUGAUAACCUGUUAAAGAGAGGAGGGAAAACGGUGAAUGAAUACGAAUUGGAUGAGAAAUUGCAGGCUUCCAUUACAAUAUUCAAGUAUCUCAAUGAUAAAGAUGUCUUCAAUAAGUUCUAUGCGAGAAUGCUUGCCAAAAGGUUGAUAUAUUUCCAAUCUCAGUCCAUGGACGCGGAGGAGAGCAUGAUUAAUCGACUGAAGCAAGUCUGUGGUUAUGAGUUCACAAAUAAAUUGCAUCGCAUGUUCACGGACAUAAGCAUCAGUGCUGACUUGGCUUCAAAGUUCACCAGCUUCAACCAAAGUAGAAAUGUUGAUCUCGGUCUUGGCUUCACAAUUCUCGUCCUCCAGGCAGGUGCUUGGCCUAUCGGUCAACAAAAUAUCACAACAUUUUGCCUUCCUCAGGAACUUGAAAAGCCUGUUCACAUGUUUGAGAAGUUUUAUGCAAAGAACUUCACGGGGAGAAAAUUGACCUGGGUAUACGCCUUUUCGCAGUGUGAGGUGAAGGUUUGCUACCUGGCCCGUCCCUACUUCAUCAGCAUGGCCACUUAUCUCAUGUCUCUACUGCUGCCAUUCAACUCAGCUGAUUGCAUUACCAGGAAGGAGCUCGAGGAGCACACUGGCAUUCCUGAGAAGGAAUUGCUGAAAAAUCUUCAAGCCCUUCUUGACGUGAAGUUUCUCAUUGCUGAUCAUGAUAAAGAUGGACUAUGUGAAAACACAAUUUUCAAACUGAACGUAAAUUAUUCAAAUAAAAAAACGAAAUUCAAAAUUAUGACAGCCCAGAAAGAAUCAAACCAAGAGAUCGUCGAACAGACCAGAUCAUCGGUGAACGAAGAUAGAAAGAUUUACCUACAAGCUGCCAUUGUCAGGAUUAUGAAGGCCAGAAAAGUUUUCAAACACAACCUUCUCGUAAAAGAAGUUAUCUCGCAGUCAUUAUCUAAAUUCACGCCAAGCAUAAGUUUAAUAAAGAAAUCAAUCGAAACGUUAAUUGACAAGCAGUACAUAGAAAGGACUCCAAAUGCUGCCGAUGAAUAUGUUUAUCUCGCUUAAACAUUUAUAUUUCUUUUCAAAUACUUUACGAGUUUAAUACAUUAUUUUGUAUCGCA